AAAAAAUCUGGUUAAAAACUCCAAUUCCCAAAGAAAAUUCCUUAAACCCCAGCAAAAUCCUCAGAACCCUAACAAUGGCCUCCUUCGUCGCAAGGUCUAUGCUUCGAUCGGCAACUACAUCCACCCGAUCUGCAGCGGCGAAAGUCGCCGGCGGGGUUAAGCCGACGACAGCUUCCCCCUUUCGGAUGCCAACGCAAAAGCCACUCUCUCCUCGCAUUUUCAGAUCUCCAGUUGAAUUGAGCUGUGUUAGCGUCGAAUCUCUGCUUCCGUAUCACACUGCAACAGCUUCUGCGUUGCUAAAUUCUAUGCUUGCCGUUUCUCCUCGGACCUAUGGCUGGACGAUUGAUGAUUUCUAGAUUUUAUGAGAUAGAGAUAUAGCAGCCUUUUGUCACAGGACAGGACAAUACUAGCUAGUUGAAGCUUGAAAAGGAGGUGAAUAAUUUGAUCACAUAGGGAUCAUGCUAAUACAUGGUAUUCAUUCAGAUUGCAAUGAUGAUGCAUGAUGAUUAUCAGAUGUCCAAGUGAAGUUUGUGAAGGAGACUGCAAAAUAAGUAGACUGAAUUAGCUUCGGACAAAAAAAAUAGUUUUCUGAAUAUUGUUCUUUUACUUUCAGCAUUUUAUGUGUAAGAAGCACCAUCUGUAAUGUGACUUACACAUAGCAAGUUUCUUUUCCAUACCAAAAAUUUGUUAUUCAUUCGCUCCAGUUACUGAUUUUUAUUGUUCGCUCCUGUUACUGUUCGGGUUUAUUUUUAAGGAAUUUCAGUGUUGAAUGAUGGGAGGUUUUGUGCGGACCACUGUAUAUUAUAGUAGUAGAAAAAUUUGGCAAAUCAAUUGUUUCUUGUCACCAAAUAUUUGAUAUGUCUGAGUUGUUUUAUCUUUUGUCAACGUGAAGCUUCUUUGGUGAUGGAAAACAUAUAUGUUUGUUUUCAAAAUUCUUGAAAACCAAUAUUAAUUACAUGUGGAUAACCGGUAGUCCUUCCAUUUCCCAACUAGGUUCCUAAAUGGUGCAUCUGCUUCCUAGUGCAAAGAGAUGCGCAAAAUUACAGGUUAAUGACUAUUUCCUCUGCAUUUCAUAGAAUGGCAUGGGCAUUGUGAUGGAUGUUAUUGCAAUUUAGAGCUGUUUACCUGUCGGUAUCGAUCGCUGAGUAGUGCUUAUUCUUAGAUUUUGGGUUUCUUGGUAUUUUUUGAGAUCUUCAUGUUUACAAAGGUUUCAUUUACUACACUAUUUUCACAAACUUGGAUGAUGGCUCUGACUGGACUGUUUACUCAGCUUCGCUGCGUUGUAAAUAAGUGCAUCUUUUCCUUCUCUGUAGAUGGAUGAGUUUCACUGACUUGGACCGCGCUGCGUUGUAAGAGUUCCUUGGAUGUGAAUGAAGACUGUAAAACAUUUUUCAAGAAUUAGUUUUGACCAUUUUCUGCGAUUCAAGACAAACCUCUUUCUUUUUCAGAAAAAAGAAAGAACAAUUUGUCAUCUUUCACAGCUUUCGGUUAUGACAUCUCUAGAAUCUGGUCUUUUUAAGUGUGCUUGCUUCUUUCUUUCAUCUGCUUAGUGGUAUUUGCUCCAGAAAAAUAGACCAAAUAGAUAGUGUUAAGAAAGCAUUGUGAAUCAUGCAGCCUUCUUCAUGGCUUUUAAAUCACUUCACUUUUGAUCGAAUAAUUCUUUCAUCUGGCAAAUCGAGAGAAAUAUUACUCUAGAUCAGGUUAACGUGUGAGAGUUGGCCGCUUAGUCUCCGCGGUUUUACAUGUUCAAUAUGGUAUCCAGCCUUUUACUGCAGUUACCUAGUGUUCAGUCCUCCCCUCAUUCUUUGAUAUGGAAGUUUCAUUCCCGCAUAGACAAGUGGGAAGGAGCUCCCUGAUUCUUUCUUGUCCUUCCAUAGUGAUUGUUUGGGCGAUCUUGUUAUUUGCUGAAUCCUGCUCUUUCGAAGUUCCAUAUGAAGAUUGAUGCACAUUAGAUCUGCAUUGUCAUUUGCGCUGCUUUCAUCAAUCCUGUUCACCCAGUGAAAGAAAGGCGUAUUGAUGUCUAUAGCAUAGGGUUCUUUUUGUUUUUUUGACACUCGGGGUGCGUCCGUUUAGUUGGUGAAAUAGAAACCUCAAACUGUUUCGAAAACACUUGGUUUUGCAAACUAAUUCGAGUUUACUACACCCAAAAUGAUUAAAACACCAUUACAGAGCCAUAUGUUAAAUAGUGUUGCUAGUGGAAAGCGAUACUCUUUUCAAUAAAUUCAUUUCUUCUUUAUAUGUCAUCUCAAUGGAGUUUGCACAGGUUAUGAGCAUUAGUCUUUUUACAUUUUUUAACGAAGUGAAUGUCAUGCGAGGCGAAAUUUAUUCAUUGAUCGAG